AUGGCAGAACAGGGGCAUACUGACGAGGCCGACGAUGUACAUGUAAGACUUGUCCGUGGAAGGGAAGCGUUGGCUGCUCGCCCCUAUCUCUGGAUGGGUUUCGAACCUUGCUCUCAGAGAGACCUUGAUCUUUUCAGCUGCGGUCCCGUCGAUUUUAUCGGAUACGACCACACAAGCUACCUCCGCAAGAUCACUACCGCUUCGAUGGAGAUGAGAGUCAAGUCUGGCAAGAGACUGUUCGUCACGAAUGAAGAACAAUUGAGACGCAAUGAAGAACGACCUGGAGGUUUCUUCUUGGCCGCUAGGCAUCGCCAAAGGGAACUCCACGUCAAGGUCGACAUCCCGAAAGACAAACGAGACACGUUCAACGCCACUACUGGUUUCCUCAGGUCCUUCUGGAACAAGUUCAAGUUCCUCCAGGGACCGCCCGAGAGCCAUUCGGCCCACACAUGGGAUGCCAUGAUCAUCUAUGAUUGCACCGUCACCCCGGAAGGUACUCUCCAAGGUUGCCUCCAGAUCGCCACGCGCAAAUGGGAUAUUCUUCUCAUGAAGGUGGCUGACGAUUACGAGUACCCUUGGCUCGUCGCCGCAAUCAAUGACUCUGGUGCCUAUACCGAUUUGCGUCAUGACCCUUUUGACAUACGACAACGGACUGCACUGGAGUUCUUUAACGGCGUCAAAACAUUCUAA